AUGGGUAAUGGGCAGGGGUGGAGGGGUUUGACACGCUGUCCAUGCUGGAAGGAUAGCAAGACUGACUGCGAAUCAGACUGUAAGUGCUGUGCCUGGUGUUGUAAGCAAUGCAAUGAGAGUCAUGAAUGCAAGCAUUGUAAAGCCACUAAAGAAACAAAAAAAUGCAAGCACAAUGGCUGCGGGACGUGUAAAAAUUGGUUCACCUGUAAAUGCCCAUGUUGCCAAGAUCGCAAAGGUCCAAUGGCUUUUGCCAUCUUUCUAGGAGUAUCGAUAGUCGUUGGAUACAUUAUAUAUUGCCUGGUAUGGGUGCCAAAUCCUGCAUUGGACGGACUACGCUCUUACUUCAGUGGUUACUAUCCUAUCCUAGGUAAUAAGGAGAAUUUCACCUAA